AUGUUCAAGAGAAUGGCCGAAUUUGAGCCUGACUCCGGCGGGAGAGUGAAGGGGGUUACUGUCGUUAAACCAAUAGUUUAUGGUAAUGUUGCUCCAUAUUGUGGAAAGAAAAGAGAAGAGGAUGGGCACACCCAUCAGUGGACAGUAUAUGUAAAACCAUACAGAAAUGAGGAUAUACCUGUAACCCUGUAUCAUUUAUUAAAGCUAUUUCAAUCAGACACCAAUGCAAUGCUGGGAAAAAAGACAGUGGUUUCAGAGUUCUAUGAUGAAAUAUUUCAAGACCCAACAGCAGUGAUGCUACAAUUAUUAACAACAUCUCGUCAGCUAACCUUAGGAGCCUAUAAGCAUGAAACAGAAUUUGCAGAACUUGAAGUGAAAACCAGAGAAAAAUUAGAAGCUGUGGGGAAAAAAACCAACUUUGAAAUUGCAGAGCUUAAAGAGAGAUUAAAAGCAAGUCGUGAAACUAUAAAUUGUUUAAAAAAUGAAAUCAGGAAACUCAAAGAAGAUGAUCAGACAAAAGAAAUAUAAACGGUUCUGAAGAG